GGAAGAUGGACAGUACCGUUAAUACGACAGAUGAUCAUGUGACAAUGUUUGACUGGACUCAAACAGUGUUUGACUAUGGUGAUGCACCAACUCCAGAUGAUGAUCCCAAUUCCCAAGAAUUCAAUUCCCAUGUGGUACCAACACUCUAUUCUUUGGUGUUUACGUUUGGCCUUCUGGGCAAUGCACUCGUUGUGCUGAUCCUCAUCCUAUUCAAAAAACUCAAAAGCAUGACUGAUAUCUAUCUGCUCAAUUUAGCCAUUUCAGACUUACUUUUCAUAGUCUCGCUCCCAUUUUGGGCUUAUGCUGUUGGAAAUGAAUGGGUAUUUGGAAAUACGAUGUGCAAGAUUCUCUCAGCUGCUUAUGAUACUGGUUUCUACAGUGGAAGCUUUUUUAUAAUCCUUUUGACCAUCGACAGAUACUUGGCCAUUGUUCAUGCAGUGUUUGCCAUGAAAGCUAGAACAGCAGUCUAUGGCAUGCUCUCUAGUGGCUUCACAUGGGUGCUGGCCCUGUUUGCCUCUGUGCCGACAUUAAUGUUUUCCACUGUCCAAAAAAGGAAGGAGGGCUGGAGAUGCAGUCUUCUUAUGCAAGAGAAAAGCGCAUUGAAAGAAUUGUUGGUUUUCAUGAGGUUCAUAUUGGGCCUAGUCAUUCCAUGGCUCAUUAUGGUCUUCUGCUAUGUGCAAAUUCUCAUGAUUUUAAUGAAGAACAGGAAUGAUAAAAAACUGAAGGCUGUCAGGCUUAUUUUUGUGAUCAUGGUGGUUUAUUUCAUCUUCUGGGUGCCAUACAAUGUCACCUUGUUGCUGGUUACCUAUCAACAACCAUGUACCAGAGACUGUUAUGACCAUGUUGGUUUAGCAAUUCAAGUGACUGAAACAAUUGCUAUGACCCACUGUUGCAUCAACCCUGUGAUUUAUGCCUUUGUAGGGGAAAAAUUCAGGAAAUAUCUCUCUGUCUUGUUCCGAAAGUGCACAGUAUUUUGCCGCUGUAUACUCUGUUUAGGUGUUGGCCACCCUAGUUUAGAACGAUCUUUUUCCUCCAUGAGUACUUCAGAGCAUGACAUUUCCACUGGUUUGUGAAAUACUUUCUAAUUCUGGGUGGAUAUAUUAUACACCAUUCACAAUGGUCCAACUACUUGUAGCUGCAGUUCAAGACAUAACUGCACUUUCCACACUGAUUGAUCUCAGCAUAGUAUGAUAUUCUCUUCAAGUAGGGCUAUUAGCUAAUGGAUGUUAUCAAUGCAAUAAGGAAUGGCUUAAUAAAAAAGAACAAGAAA